AUGUCUAAAACUGUCGAAAAUCACUCUUCCGGUCAAGAUGGAGAGAAAACAAUUGCAGAGCAUGCGCGCCCCCCUCAAUCCCAGUAUCUGGGUAGCACCAUAGCGUCGAAGGCUAGCCACAUCAUAACGAUCUUCUGGCGUUCAACCAGGGAUGACAUGUCUACCGUCCUUGGCCCAACAAUUCUCUUCGGCCUCUGUGGUGUUCUCUCAGGUCCAAUUUUCAUAAAUCUGGAAGAUCAUGUUCAGCCACUGGAGCUUGUUAUUAGGCUUCCAAGCGUCGUCUUCUUCGUAUGGUCCACCUUGCUCGUCUUUCAACUCAGCAACCAACGCCUUCCCGAGGCAGUCAUUGAGGACUCGCUCAACAAACCUUGGCGUCCGAUUCCGAGUGGACUUGUGACUCCAAUACAAAUUCGCCGGGCUUUACUACUUAUUGUUCCUAUCGUGUGGGCAUGUAACUAUUUAUUAGACGUUGCUUAUGAGACGGCACUUCUGACCGUCUUGUUUUGGCUAUACAGUGAUCUAGGGGGGGGUGAUGAGAACUGUAUUCUUCGAAAUGCCAUCAUCUCUGCCGGCUAUGGGCUGUGGAAUCUUGGUUCUAUCAAGGUCGCCAGCGGCCGAUCCUCGGAUGACUUGACGUCAACCGGAGCAACCUGGAUAUUUAUUCUCACCGGAGUGGCUUUGACGACUAUGCAUAUGCAGGAUCUAAGGGACCAACAAGGCGAUCGCAGUCGUGGCCGACAAACAGCACCUAUCGUUCUAGGAGAUAGACUCGUUCGCUGGGCAAUAGCAGGCCCUGUCAUCUUUUGGUCUCUGUUUUGCACAUAUUAUUGGGAAGCGAGAAUUUGGGCGGCGCCAGGACUAGUUGUUGUCACACCCGGUCUUGUAGUGGCAAUCCGUUGCCUAACCCUGGGAGGACCAUCAUCGGAUAGGCUGACUUGGCAUAUCUGGGGGGUUUGGAUCGCUUCUCUUUAUGCAUUACCGUGCAUACAAAGGUGGUAUGGUUACUAA